AUGCUGCGCGGCUCGGGUGCACGCCUUCUACGCCGACCGCAGUUUUAUUGCGUAGCCAGAUGCACCGGCACGCAGCCACCGGACAAGCCGAACGUUUCCGCCACGGCGGCCCUGGAUCCGCUGAAGGCCUACUCGGCGCUGCGAGGCGAUUUCUGGGCUUCGAUAGUCCGUGAAAAAGAACAUAUGGCACUACAGCGAUCGGCGCAACGGCAAGGGCUACUCCGAUUUUUCGACGACCAUCUACCCGCAUGCUCGCGAAUAUAUUUGGCCGCCGUGGAGGAGCACGUGAUCAACGAGUUCAAGCAGCUCGGCUACAUGACACUCAUGUGUGGAGAUGGCACAAAUGAUGUCGGAGCGCUGAAACAUGCCAACGUUGGAAUCGCCCUCCUCUCCCACCCAUUCGACGCGACGAAGGCCAAGGCGAAAGAAGAGGCACAAGCCGCGCUCAGGGAACAACAACUACAAAGCGGGCGUCCCUCCGCCCGCGUUCUCGGCUACCGGAAGAAGCUGGUGGAGGAGGAAAAGGCGCAGGUUGUCCGUCUCGGUGACGCCAGCAUCGCCGCCCCCUUCACCAGCAAGUACACCUCAAUCCAAAGCGUGUGCCACGUGAUCAAGCAGGGCCGCUGCACGCUCGUUACCACCCUGCAGAUGUUCAAGAUUCUCGCGCUGAACGCCCUCCUCUCUGCCUAUUCCCUGUCGGUGCUCUACCUCGACAGCGUCAAAUUCAGGUGGCCUCUACAAACGCUGUCCCGCCAGCGCCCGCUCGCCAACAUCUUCAACGCGUACACCCUGUUGACGGUGACGAUGCAGCCGGAACAGAUCGAUCAGGCGACGUUCUCUCCGAACAUCCUCAACUCGACCGUCUAUGUCAUCUCCAUGGCGCUGCAAGUCUGCACUUUUGCCGUCAACUAUCGGGGUCGCCCGUUCAUGGAGAGUCUGUGGGAGAACAAGCCGAUGCUCUACUCGAUCAUGUUCUCCGGCGGGUCCGUGUUUGCACUGGCAAUCAGCGAUGCGCUGGUGUACAGCGUGCUGGGCGACCUGCUCGGCUGCUUCGCCAUCGAUCGAACCCUCAACUAUUUCCUGGGUGAUAUGUUC